UCUCCCAGAGCUCACUGGAGAAGCAAACACAUUUGAGGCACAGCUGAAAAACAAAUAACAAUGAAGAUCCUUAUACUUUUAUUCACCUUGAUAGUUAAAAGUAGUCAGUUAUCACAGUCAGAGUGUGGAUCAGAGUGGAGACGACCACAGCUCACUGAUAUCUCAGUAGAGUGUGGUACUUCGUCCAUUAAUCUGGCGGUUGUCAUUUGCCCAGUCGUCUACACUGGCUACAACGAGACUCGACUGAUCCUGAACAACAUGUGGGACUCGAACUGCCGAGCGACCCUAGACGAAUCCGUGAGUCCACCUGUCGCUCGCUUCAACUUCCCCUUGAAUAUGACCAAUGCCUGUGGAAGCAUAUUCCGGACCACCAGCUCUACAGGAACAGGCAUCUUCUCCGACUUUUCCAACAUCCAGACGGUCAACGUCAGUGGCAUAAUUCGGUCCGAAGAUCUCACUACAGGCAUGGUCACUUACAAUGCCGAGCUGAAGUACUACUACUCCUGCGCCUAUCCCUUAGAGUAUCUGAUCAACAACACCCAGAUUGAUGUGUCGUCUUCCUCCAUUGCCAUCAAGGACAACAAUGGGAGUUUCAUCAGCACGCUGAGCCUAUCGCUGUACAGUGAUGUAGCAUACACACAAUCCAUGACCAUUCCAGAAGAGGGGAUCGAAUUGAGAACUGAGGUCUACGUUGAGGUCAAGGCCACCAACUUGACGGCCCAGUACCACGUGUUACUCGACCAGUGCUAUGCCUCCGUCUCGCCGCUGCCUUCCAACUCGAGCAACUUCAACCUGAUCGUCCCCUGCUCCAAGGACAGCUUCACCACCGUCUACCAGAACGGCGAAAGCCAAAUAGCCCGCUUCUCCUUCCCCGCCUUCCGCUUCAUCGAGCAGCAGGACCUGAUGAUGUCCACCUACUACCUGCACUGCAUCACCCGGCUGUGCGAGAAGAGCACCUGCAGCACGUUCAAGCAAUGCCAGGAGACGAGGAGGAAAAGGGACACCGUGGACGCGCUGGCAGAGGACAUGAGCGAAACGUACACCCUCACUUCCCAGGAGAUCGUCACUCAAGCCGAGCCCGUUGACUCCAAAGAGCAGCAUGUUGCGUAUAAAAACGCUGACUCUACUGUCGGUCUUGGCGUGGCUGUCGGGGUGCUGGCCGUGGCUUGUGUCAUCGCCUUUGGCGUCGCAGCGGUGUUUUACAAAAAGCUCAGAUACUAAGGGAGCGUAUAAAUCAAUGCUUGCCUUUAGGCCUGCGGGCCAAACACGUUGUGUGAGGUGUAUCGUAUCUGCUUGCUUUUUUAUUUUUUUCUGGUGGAGGACUGGGCUCAGCUCAU